AUGAUUAUUUAUCUCUCUCUCUUUAUCUAUCUGAGACAACACAUCUAUCUAUCUAUUUAUCUAUCUAUCUAUCUCGCCAUAUUUAGGAGUCUUUCCUUCUUUCUUUUUCCUUUCUUUCAUUUGUUGUUUCUUUCUUUCUUUCUUUCUUUCUUUCUUCCGCCAUUUUUUCCUAUAUAUUUUCAUCUUAAACAAUUAUCUCUUUCUUUUGUUUUUUCUUUCCUUUUUUCUUUACAACCCCUAUCUUUCUUUCUUUCUCUCUUUCUUUCUUCGCCUCCUUUUCGUUUCUUCUCUCUUUCUUUCUUCGCCUCCUUUUCGUUUGUGCUUCAGUCUUUCCUUCUUUCUUUUUCCUUUCUUUCAUUUGUUGUUUCUUUCUUUCUUUCUUUCUUCAGCCAUUUUUUCCUAUAUAUUUUAAUCUUAAACAAUUAUCUCUUUCUUUUGUUUUUUCUUUUCCUUUUUUUUCUUUUACAACACCUUUUUUUUUUUCUUUCUUUCUCUCUUUCUUUCUUCGCCUCCUUUUCGUUUGUGCUUCAGUCUUUCCUUCUUUCUUUUUCCUUUCUUUCAUUUGUUGUUUCUUUCUUUCUUUCUUUCUUCAGCCAUUUUUUCCUAUAUAUUUUAAUCUUAAACAAUUAUCUCUUUCUUUUGUUUUUUCUUUCCUUUUUUCUUUACAACACCUUUCUUUCUUUCUUUCUUUCUCUCUUUCUUUCUUCGCCUCCUUUUCGUUUGUGCUUCAGUCUUUCCUUCUUUCUUUUUCCUUUCUUUCAUUUGUUGUUUAUUUCUUUCUUUCUUUCUUUCUUCCGCCAUUUUUUCCUUUAUAUUUUCAUCUUAAACAAUUAUCUCUUUCUUUUGUUUUUUCUUUCCUUUUUUCUUUACAACCCCUAUCUUUCUUUCUUUCUCUCUUUCUUUCUUCGCCUCCUUUUCGUUUGUGCUUCAGUCUUUCCUUCUUUCUUUCUUCUUUCAUUUCAUGCUGUUAAUUAUGUCUUUUCCUUUUCUUCUUUAGCUUCUCUCUUUCUUUCUUCGCCUCCUUUUCGUUUGUGCUUCAGUCUUUCCUUCUUUCUUUUUCCUUUCUUUCAUUUGUUGUUUCUUUCUUUCUUUCUUCCGCCAUUUUUUCCUAUAUAUUUUAAUCUUAAACAAUUAUCUCUUUCUUUUGUUUUUUCUUUCCUUUUUUCUUUACAACACCUUUCUUUCUUUCUUUCUUUCUCUCUUUCUUUCUUCGCCUCCUUUUCGUUUGUGCUUCAGUCUUUCCUUCUUUCUUUUUCCUUUCUUUCAUUUGUUGUUUAUUUCUUUCUUUCUUUCUUCCGCCAUUUUUUCCUAUAUAUUUUCAUCUUAAACAAUUAUCUCUUUCUUUUGUUUUUUCUUUCCUUUUUUCUUUACAACCCCUAUCUUUCUUUCUUUCUCUCUUUCUUUCUUCGCCUCCUUUUCCUUCUCUCUUUCUUUCUUCGACUCCUUUUCGUUUGUGCUUCAGUCUUUCCUUCUUUCUUUUUCCUUUCUUUCAUUUGUUGUUUCUUUUCUUUCUUUCUUUCUUUUCUUUCUUCCGCCAUUUUUUCCUAUAUAUUUUAA